AUGGCUUCCAGAACCUAUAAGCAUUAUCAUGAUGAUGAUUUUAAAGCCAAAGAGUUUGUUGAAACUAACUUUGCUGAUGAACAAAACAGCAUAAUGGAGGAAAACAUUGGCCAUCCAGCGAAAAUACUGCAUGAACUGUUUUCUUCAGGACAAGUUACAGGAGAAAUAUUGAUCGAUAUUAGUGUUGGGGCUAUAAUCUACCAGCUCUUAUCAGCCAGCAAUGUUUUCAAGAAGAUCUAUGUGAUGGAAUUCACAGAUGCCAAUAUCAAACACUUCAAGCAAUGGCUGGAGAAGGGUGAAGAUGCCACUGACUGGUCAUUUGCUUCCAAACGAGUUUGUGAACUUCAAGGCAAUAGAGAUGGAUGGCAGGACCAGGAAGAGAAAGUGAGAAGAGCGAUUAAAAAUGUUGUUAAAUGGGAUAUCUUUAAAAAUAGUUGUAUAGAUCCCCAACUUGUACCCAUGGCUGAUUGUGUCAUCAGUCUCUGGAUAAUAAAUGCAAUUAGUAAAACCAAGGAAGAUUUCCAGAAGAACGUGAAAAGUUUCACAUCACGGCUUAAGAUCGGUGGACAUCUGCUGCUCUUUACUGUGCUGGGUAUGACCUACUAUAGAGUGGGGAAGCACAAGCACUUUGUCCUUACAGUGGAUGAAGCUUUUGUACGAGAGGCAGUGAUUAAUGCUGGGUUUGUCAUUGAGAAGACAGAUUUGUGGAAUGGUAUAGCAGAGUCUGAUAUUGUUGAUUACAAGAAGGUGUUUUUCAUCCUUGCUCGCAAGGAAAGAGAGGUCUAAAAGUGGAAAAUAAGAAGAAUAACAUUUCAACUGACUCAUAUAUCUGUUUAUUACCCCUUUCACACCGCACAAAUAACCCGGUAUCGACCCGGUAUAUUGCCGGGUCGAGGCGGGUCACUAUGCGGUGUGAAUGGGUCAGUGUUGAAUUUCCGGGUCGCCUGUCCCAGUAAUUAUUACCGGGUCAGGUGCAGGGUUUCCUGGGUUGAUGCGACCUGGGACCCAUUUACAGCAUAGAGAGAGGUGGUGCAGAGAUGAUCUCAUCUCCUAGUGCUGCCUCCACCCCCGACCCGAUGAUGUCGUGGUCCCUGCCCCGAUGGCAACCCGACUCGGCAAUAUGCAGGGUCGGGAAGCCAGUUCUCAAGGUCCAAUGCCGGGUUGCACCCGGGAAGGACCCGUUUCCAAUUCCCAGGUGCGACCCGGCAUUAGCGAUCUGAAAGCGGUAUAAGUUACUCCCUUGUUAUCUGAGCUAUAUUAAUGUUACCGGUAUACCAGUUCCCCUAUGUAUUGGCAAUCUCUGCUGGAGAGAUAUACAGUACACUCAUGUACCAGAGAUACUGAGACAGCCACUUCCAUUCGCAGUACAUGCCCUGCACCCAGCAUUAAAUGGUAUUUUGCACAAUUGAAAUAAAUAUGCAGUAGCCUUGGGAUGUAGUUAAAUUGCUGGCAGUCAGGAUCCCGGCGGUCAGGAUACCGACGCCGGAAUCCCGACUGCUGACAAUGCUGCCAGCCGGAAUACCGACUCAUAGGGGCUAUUCCCACUCAUGGGUGUCCACAACACCCAUAGAGUGGGAAUAGAACCUGUGGCAAGCCUAGCGACACACCGAGUCCGCAAGGGGCUUUCUAACACUCGCCCCGAUGCCGUUGUCUGUAUACUGACAGCCGGCAUCCUGACCGUUGGUAAUUUAUUCUGAUCCCGCAGCUUUCAGUAUAACAGAUGCUCAUUAAUGUUAUUGAGGUUUUGUUGGCCUUAAGGGAUAAAUCAUAGAUGAAAUUAAAGUUGAUUUAAUGUGAAUUAUAUACCUCUGCUGUUAGCCCUCCAUAAAAAAAAUAAAAGUAUUGUUUGAAA